UUGCUAAUGAACUUGUCCGAUCUUUUGGUAGAGCAGCCCCUAGCUCCGACGACUGACAAUUCAAAAUCUGUCCCACAGCCUCACCAUGGCAGCUAAUCAGUCGGUCGUUUUCAAGCACUGGGCGCACAUCAUCAAGCAAUGGCCCCUCGACCGUGUCCGCCCGGCUCAUGUCCAUUUCCAAAAGGUCAUGCAGUCCCGUCUGCAAAAGCUCCAAUCACCUGCUCCUGCUGCGGCUUCUUCCAAGUCUAACGAUGCCCUCGUGACGCCUGUCGAACCAUUUAAUGAGCAAAAAGAAAUGCGACAAGUCAAUGCUCUGUACUCGCUGCUUGAAGAUCGAUACGCGAAGGAAUACCCUCUCCCGCAAUCUGUCCGCCAGCCUAAAAGCAAUGUUUCCCACUAUGAUGAUUUGAUCAGGGAGCUGGACGAAGCGCCAGGAAGAUCAUGGGUCACGUCCUUCUGGAAUCGUCUCAAGGGCUCCGUGCGAUUGAGAUGAGAGAGAAAUUGGUAAACGAAUGCUGUCACCUUGCCCGCGUCCUCUUUCAAUAGACCGACUUUACCUGCAUGAAGCUACAAAGAGAGGUUCUACGGUCCGAGACGACAUACGCUUUAAAGAGUCCGCAAUUGGAUCCCGGAUGAGCGGCUGAGUUCGACCUGUACAGUGGACAAUUUCACCCUCGACUUUGUGCUGCAACAGAAUCCAGUUGGCAGCAGCAUGAGGGAAGGGGCUGAGCGCAAAGCGUUGGACUAGAUCCAUUGAAUGAUGGUUUCCAGGACUCUUGUCCAGAAUACCUGGCUUUCCUAGGUUAGAAGAAGGCUUAUGCAUGGCCUGAUCAACCUGACUCCGGCGGCGAAGCCCAACGGGCAGCUCUAACCAUCUGCUGCGCUGAAAGGGAGAAGUCAGACCGUUCUCGGACCUAAACCCUUCUUGGUGGCCUCCGACGACCUCGAAUCGGCCUCACAUGAUCAUGUCUGCGUUCGUCAAGGACGGCAAACCCAAUUCUUUGGGUAUCGGUAUACCCGCGGACAUGGGUUGCGCAAUUCAUCGAUCCGCUCCAAGUGUCCCGUCAGCACAAGUCUUUUUUGGUAUAGACAUCAGAGCAAGCGACCAAGGUCAUUGGUAUACUGGACGCAGAAAGGACUGUUCCGGACCCAGUGGUGAUCCGAUCCGGUGUCAAUUCCUCAUGAAACAUAGCGCUGGUCCCAUAGAAGUUCACAGGCGCGGGCCACGACGUGGAGGGCCAGGCGACUAUGCAUAAUAUUGAGCAAUGAAAGAAGAGAGAUGUCGCAAGAUGAUAGUGGCACAUUCGCACAUCAGCUGUCCAUCAAAGUCAUCGCCUGCCACGAGGGAUGCAUUGUCAGUCACAAGACUCGAUUGGCACAAAUGACAUUCUAUGCAUGUGCCUCAAACCGUGAACCCGUUCUAUUGUUAUAUUUUACUGCCCAACCUCGCUGCUCCUCCACCCAUCUCCAUUGCGGCGACGCCCUCAUCUUCCAGCGUCUCGGUCACAAAUCUGACCAUGUGCGGCACCAUGCUGCUGGGCACGUCAUGCCCGAUCCCUUCGAAGACGACAUCCUCCAGCACAAAGCCACUGCCCUCGAACCAGCCCCCCUUCCCACUGAUCGCCUUGAGCCAGUCUAUAAACGGCUUCGAAUGGGCGUAGGGCACCAAUUUGUCCGCUCCGCCAGAGAGGUUCAAGAGGCGCUUGUUGCCAAAACACCUCGUCAUGACGGGCAGCAGAACGGCCCUCUCCUCCUCGGUCAGGUCGGCGUGCAGUUUUUCUUGGUCCUUUCGCCAGUUCAGCCCGGGCAGCGACCAGAUCAACCCGGCGGGGUCGGACUUCUUGAUCGCGUCCACCAGCGCGGGCGGGAAGUCCGCGGAGCCCAGGAAGUCGCGCCCCGGCGGGGACGAGGACGUGUAGGUCUUGCGCUUCGACAGUCGCGCGCGGUCGGUCAUCAGGCGCGUGUAGUCCGGGCAGCCGAUGG